AUGGGCCCCUGGAAAGACGAUGCCGUUGCUACAGCUGGAUUCCUGAACGGCACCUCAUUCUCCACGACGUGGAAAGAUGAUCGAGGUAAACGCAAAGCACUGAAGUUGAAUUUUGCAAAUCCACCUUUCAAAUCUACAGCAAGGUUUACUCUGAAUCCCAAUCCUACAGGAGUUCAAAACCCACACAUAGAGAGGCUGAGAACACACAGCAUCGAAUCGUCGGGAAAACUGAAGAUCUCUCCUGAGCAGCACUGGGAUUUCACCGCGGAGGACUUGAAGGACCUUGGAGAAAUCGGACGAGGAGCUUACGGUUCCGUCAACAAAAUGGUCCACAAACCAAGUGGGCAGAUAAUGGCAGUUAAAAGAAUUCGGUCAACAGUGGAUGAAAAAGAACAAAAACAACUUCUUAUGGAUUUGGAUGUAGUAAUGCGCAGUAGUGACUGCCCGUACAUUGUUCAGUUUUAUGGUGCACUCUUCAGAGAGGGUGACUGUUGGAUCUGUAUGGAACUCAUGUCUACCUCGUUUGAUAAGUUUUACAAAUAUGUAUAUAGUGUAUUAGAUGAUGUUAUUCCAGAAGAAAUUUUAGGCAAAAUCACUUUAGCAACUGUGAAAGCACUAAACCACUUAAAAGAAAACUUGAAAAUCAUUCACAGAGAUAUCAAACCUUCCAAUAUUCUUCUGGACAGGAGUGGGAAUAUUAAGCUCUGUGACUUUGGCAUCAGUGGACAGCUGGUGGACUCCAUUGCCAAGACAAGAGAUGCCGGGUGUAGGCCAUACAUGGCACCUGAAAGAAUAGACCCAAGUGCAUCUCGACAAGGAUAUGAUGUCCGCUCUGAUGUCUGGAGUUUGGGGAUCACAUUGUACGAGUUAGCCACAGGCCGAUUUCCUUACCCAAAGUGGAAUAGUGUAUUCGAUCAACUAACACAAGUCGUGAAAGGAGACCCUCCACAGCUGAGUAACUCGGAGGAAAGGGAGUUCUCCCCCAGUUUCAUCAACUUUGUCAACUUGUGCCUUACGAAGGAUGAAUCCAAAAGGCCAAAGUAUAAAGAACUUCUGAAACAUCCCUUUAUUUUGAUGUAUGAAGAACGUACCGUAGAGGUCGCAUGCUACGUUUGUAAAAUCCUGGAUCAAAUGCCAGCCACUCCCAGCUCCCCCAUGUACGUCGACUGA